CCCUUUUUGGAAAGAAGUGGUACAGUCUCGACAGCCGGAAGUAUCUUCUCCCUGAAAAAGGCAACUCAAGCAGGAGCCAUGAGCGGUGUACCCUGCGUCUUGUUGACGAGCUGCGAUUUGAACUUCCCAGCUGAGGAGUUAGCUGAGCAAAUAAUUGGAGAAGAUGGACCCGCAGAAGCCUUAUCUCAUGACACAGCCGUGUGCCGGUACCCCUGGACUAUCGACAACAAGUACUACCGCGCCGACGUGCACCUGUGCGUGCUACCUGAGCGCUCGGCGCUGACCGCGGAGAUAGCGGAGGCAGCGCAGGCAUUCGCCGUGUACUUCAACAGUCAUGUGAAAUGUGGUUUGGAAUGUGUCACGUCUUGGCUUCCUGUGAUAGAGCCAUUGUGUUUGGAUGUCCUUAUUCUAGUCUGUGACAGAGUUUCUGAGACUGGUGUAAGCAGACAGAAGGCCCAAGAGUGGUGCAUUGCACAUGGAUUUGAACUGGUUGAACUGGAACCAGAGGUACUGCCUGAUGAAGAUGAUGAUUUUCCAGAGUCCACUGGUGUGAAGCGGAUCGUUCAGGCACUAAACGCUAAUGUCUGGUCAAACAUGGAAAUGAAGGAUGAGGGACACUGUAGUUUAAGCCUGAUGGGCAGUUUGGUUGCCUCUCACCACAGCUUUGGUCCUUCCAACAUCCAGCAAGCCGAUUUUAGCAUAGCAGGUGACCAACCCAACGAGCUGCCAAGUAGUAACAGCACACCUCAGGACUCUACAACGGAUGCCCUCCUGAAUGUCGACAUUCAGGAACUUGCCAAUCUCACGACAGGGGAAGCUGAUCUGGACAAUUUUGAGCGGCUGUUCACAAAGCUCAAAGAAAUGAAAGACAAGGCUGCCACACUCCCCCACGCAGAAAGGAAGCUCCAUGCAGAGAAGGUGGCUAAAGCUUUCUGGAUGGCCAUAGGUGGCGAGCAAGAAGAGGUUGAAGGUUUAUCAUCUGAUGACGAUGGCUAAACUGGCACAUUUAUUUUGGAAUGAGGAUACUUCAGAAAUAAAAUUUGUGUAUAUAAAUGG